CAUUUGGAUGAUUAAUCAAAAAUUAUUCAGAGUAGUGCAGGAACUAACUGAACAUGUCCCAGAUUGACAAUACGUUUAUCAAGCUGCGGGCUCGCCUGCGGGAGCAGGACAUCAAGUUGUGGGAGGAGCCGUACUACUUCGAGGGCGUGGGCAGCAUCGACUCGGAGAUGGACCGCUUGGCCAGGGACUUGAAUGGGGAUCUGGGCAUCAGUGUGUCCAACUGCCGGUGUGCCCUGGUCGAACUGCAGGACAGUGCGCUGCGGAAGUUGGCUGCUCGAAGGGAGUUCGACGACACGGGUUUGGCCACCUUCAAUGUGCGGUGUGUGGACAGCAAGGGAGGCACUUCGCAAAUGACGGAAGUCAAGUGUUCGCUGGGAGGAUUGGGGUCCGAUUUGCACAAGGAGCUGGCCAAGAAGCUGAACUUGAGUGAUGCCAGUCAGGUGAAGUGCAUCUCCAGAGGUCGCAUUAUCGACGGGCAAAGAUCGCUGGCCUCGCAGGGUCUGAAGACCAAUCACCAACUAAUGGUGAUCGUUGGCGGAGAAAAUCAGACUCAAGAGCUGCACGAACGCAUCCAAAGGAUUCGAGCGGAUGUGGAGAUAGUUGCGAAUGCCGAUCAUCGCUUUAUGGAAAUGGAGGAUCAGGAUGGGCGGCCGAUUUUCCUGCCGCCCGACGAAAAUCGAUCCCUUUUGAUGGCCAUGAGUAUGUACGAAGUGGCGAGGGUUUCCAUGGGAAAAGAAAACUACGACGAGGCUUUGCUUCUCCUUCUCGAAGCCGACGAACUUUUCUCGCGGUGCAACUCAAAGUUUCUGGAGGCAGUGGACAACUAUGCCCUGAUCAAUCUGGACAUAGUGUGGUGCUAUCUCAGCCUGAAGAACAUCACCCAGUUGCCGGAUGCCCAGCGGCGUUUGGAUAUCUGCGAGAGGAGCUUUCGCAAGAGCUACGGCGAGCAGUUCAAUCGAUUGCAUUUGAUCAGGGGAGCCAAUUGUCCCGAGAGGGCUCUGAUCAUGAGGCUCCACCUGCUGCAGGGUGUUCUCCUCUUCCACCAGAACCGCAGGGAUGAGGCCUACGAGCGACUGGACGAGGCGGCCAAGCUCUUGGACGAACUGAAGGUCAACGACAAUCAGCUUUCUAGCCUGGUGGAAAUGGGCUACGAGGAGUCGGAUGCCCGAUUAGCAUUGAGAUCCUGUGGCGGCAAUGUGGAUAGAGCCAUCCAGUUUAUCCAGGAGCGUAGGGAGAAGAUCAGUGAGGAGCGCAAGAACUCGGCUCCGUUGAGGAAGGUCAACCAGGAGAUGAGGGGAGCGAAUUCCGGGGGAGACUGGGUGGAUCCACGCAGUGUUUCCAGACUCGUGGAGAUGGGAUUCGAACGGCGCUUGGUGGUGGAGGCUCUCAAGAGAACCAAGAACAAUCUGGAGCAAAGUCUGGAUCUCCUGCAGCGCCAUUCGGAUGAACUCCGGGCCAAUCUGCCCGCAGCUCCUCCUCCUGUGGAUGAAUCUUUACUCUCCACACUCGAACAACUUGGCUUUCAGGCUCAGGCCGCUCAAGCUGCCUUGGAGACCACGGGGAAUGACUUCGGGAAGUGCAUGGAGUUCCUGAUGAAAAGUUUCACCAACGAAAAGGACCUACUGGCUUUUAUUGAAACUAUAAAAAAGUUGGUUGAACAAAACGGACCGUCGGGUUCCAAAAAAACUAGAACCAAUAGCUCCACUUCUGUCGUAAAUCUGUCGACAAGCAAGUUGUCUCUUAUUCAGUCGGCUCUGGCCAAGGCCAAAUCGGAGAUGGAAACGUAUAAUGCCUUCAAAAGAUUCAACAAGAACCUCUCCGAAAACAAUUCCAAUUAUCUGGAUCUGCCGCUCGUGCAGGAGGAGCAAAUCCUCAGCGAGUACAGGCGUUUGCUAGAGUGAUGAGCAUUUAUAAGAAUUAAGUUGAACUCAAAAAUACACUCUAUGUUUGCAUCAUCA